AGCAAGAACGAAUUCAGCAGCAACAAGAUGGAUACCUUCAAACAUCUAAAAAGCAGAUCUUCAGGAGACAAAAAAACUAAAUCUAGGAAGAAUUCUAAGCACUUCACAGAUGUUCACGGUCUUCCUUGCAUUGAAAAGAUUGUAACCUCAGUGGAGGACAUUCCUGAGCCCAUCAGCACCAACAUCAUCGGCAUCAUCCCAAACUGGAUCAAUGGGAAUUUCUUGAGAAAUGGGCCAGGGAAAUUUGAGAUGGGUAAUCACAGCUUCAACCACUGGUUUGAUGGGAUGGCUCUUCUGCACCAGUUCAAAAUAUCAAAUGGGGAGGUCACUUAUAGGAGCCGCUUCCUGUCAAGUGACAGCUACAAAUCCAACAAGGAACAGAAUCGCAUUGUGAUGUCUGAGUUUGGGACGGUUACCAUGCCUGACCCAUGCAAAAACUUCUUCCAGCGCUUUGUGUCAAGGUUUGAAUUACCAAAACCAACAGACAAUGCCAAUGUGAGUUUUGUGACCUACAAAGGUGAUUUCUAUGUCAGCACUGAAACUAAUAUCAUGCACAAGGUGGACCCAGAGACCCUGGAAGCAACUCAGAAAGUGGACUGGAGCAAAUUUAUUGCAGUAAAUGGAGCAACUGCACAUCCACAUACUGAGCCAGAUGGAACAGUGUAUAACAUGGGCAAUUCCUAUAGCAGCAAAGGAGCAUAUUACAACAUUAUCAAAGUGCCUCCAACCAAGGUAGCAGAGGAGGAAACCCUGGAGGGAACCACAGUGCUGUGCUCAAUUCCAGCAGAGGACAAGACCAAACCCUCUUACUACCACAGCUUUGCAAUGUCUGAGAGCUAUGUGGUGUUCAUUGAGCAGCCCAUCAAGAUGGACCUGCUGAAAAUUGCGACCGGCAAACUAACAAGAAAAAGCAUCAGUGAUGGCUUCUCCUGGAACCCCAAGCUCAACACUAUCCUUCACCUGAUUCACAAACUUACAGGCAAAGUAAGCUCCAUCAAGUAUCUUGCCAAGCCGAUAUCUACCUUUCACCAGAUCAAUGCAUAUGAGGAGGAUGGUUUCUUGAUCAUUGACUUGUGUGCUUCGGACGAUGGACAGGCUAUAGCAAACUACAACAUCCAAAACUUGCGCAAGUCUGGGGAGGCCCUUGAUGAGGUGUACAACACCCUCUGUAGAGUCUUUCCUCGACGAUUUGUGCUGCCUCUCACGAUUGACCACUGCACCCCCUACAACCAGAACCUGAUUGACCUGCCCAACUGCACAGCCACCGCUGUUAGAAUUGGCAAAAACAAGGUGUUCUGUACCCAUGAGGACCUCCAUGGGGAGGAUCUCCAUAAAUAUGGGGGUCUGGAGUUCCCCCAGAUAAAUUAUAGCAAGUACAACAUGCAUCCAUAUCGCUAUUUCUAUGGCUGUGGCUUCAGACACCUUGUAGGGGACACCCUAUUGAAGAUGGACAUCCAGAGGAAAGAAAUGAAGGUGUGGGAGUGUCCCAGUCUGUAUCCAUCUGAGCCUAUCUUUGUACCCUGCCCAUAUGCUACAGAUGAAGAUGACGGUAUCAUCCUGUCUGUGAUCAUUACUCCAAACAAGGACAAGAGUACUUUCCUUCUGGUUUUGGAUGCGAAGACAUUCGAGGAGCUGGGAAGGGCUGUGGUGCCAGUCAACAUCCCAUAUGGCUUCCAUGGAACAUUCAGUAGCACAGCCUAGACCUGCCUUCUUUAAAGUUCUUGUCUAAUUAUACAUUACAAAUGACUUCGUUAUACAUUUAAUGAUAGACUGAAACCCUUCAAGGCUCUCUGUUUAUAUGUUGCAUGCUGAUGUUUUGCUUAUAUGACAAAAAAAGGCUUGAGAAUAUUGAUACUAUGAAAACUUUAAGCACAAUGUACCCUAUAUUAGUGUGAGAGUGUGUGUAUUCUAUUGUGCAACAGGGCAUGUGUAAUGAAAAGAUUGCUUAAAUAAAAGAUGCUGCUUCUGAAAA